CUUGUUAAAAGAAAGAGAAAAAGUGGUCUACCUGGUACGCAAACAUGCCACAGCCACGCAGAAAUGGAGGCGGCCAGGCCCCGGCGCAGAGACGUAACAAUGCUGCUUGGAGGGCAAGAUGGGCUAAAUUUAAGAAAAAUUUCACAAAGAAAAGGAGUCCCAACUUCCACUACCGAGCUGGUCUCACCAUCGGUGGUAUCCAGCUGGUAGCAGGCAUCUUAUCUGUCAUACUUUCAGGGGUCGCUGUAACAUUCUACCAUUGGGAUGUUAUAGGCUACCCAUCGGUUGGAGUUUGGGCAGGGAUUGUUUUUUAUAUCCCUGCUGGUAUCCUUGGAAUCGCAGCAAAGAAGCAGCACACAUUCAUCAUCUACCUUUAUAUGACAUGGAGCAUCUUUUCGGCCCUGGUUGGUCCUUUCAUGACUAUUUUCGAGGGGGUUGUUGCCGGAGUGGGGUCGCUUGUAUUCGCCUGCAAGGGCCUUCUCGGACCUCUAUUUGGUAUCUGGCCGAUCAACGCAGUAGUCAACGAGAGUCUCUGCGAGAAAUUUGGCAUAGAGAAUUUAAUGUGA